GAGAACUGCCCCUGGUAGUAAAGCUCUCAGGAGGGUAACACAACAUUACACUGCGCACUGGCAACGCUGGAUUUGACGUAUUAUUGUUAUUAAACCACAGUCUGACCGUGACCAGUCCCCAUCGGAGGAGGAAAAUGGUCACCAUGGACGAACUUAGUGAAAUGGAUUGCAGCGUUUUGAAGAGGCUGAUGAAGGACGACAGUGCGAAAUGUCUACUUUUGGACUGUAGAUCGUUUUUAGCGUUCAGCGCAGGUCACCUUCGCGGUGCUGUAAAUAUUCGCUGUAACACGAUAGUUCGGAGGCGAGCGAAAGGCUCCGUUAGUUUGGACCAGAUUCUGUCCGGUGACGAUGAAGCGAGAGCCCGUCUAAAAUCAGGACUGUACUCCGCCGUGAUCUUGUACGACGAGCGGACCUCCGACACAAACAAUAUGAAAGAAGACAGCACAAUCACCCUGGUACAUAACGCUUUGUGUAGGGAUACAUUUAGGACAGAAGUCUAUCUGCUUAAAGGAGGCUACGACCGAUUUUCCACACAGUAUCCCGAUUACUGUCUGAAAACCAAAACAUUGGCCGUAUCCAGCCCUCAGUCCAGUGUGGAGACCAGCUGCCCCUCCUGCGCAACUCCCCAGCAUGACCAGGGUGGGCCUGUGGAAAUCCUCCCCUUUUUAUUCCUUGGCAGUGCUUUCCAUGCGUCUAAAAAGGACAUGCUAGAUCGUAUGGGCAUUUCUGCUCUAUUGAAUGUAUCUUCAAACUGUCCGAACCAUUUUGAAGGGGAUUACCAGUACAAGUGUAUCCCGGUGGAAGACAACCACAAGGAGGACAUCAGCUCUUGGUUCAUUGAAGCCAUUGAAUUUAUAGACUCUGUCAAAGAUUCCAACGGGCGUGUUCUGGUGCACUGUCAGGCUGGCAUCUCGCGGUCGGCCACUAUCUGCCUGGCGUACCUGAUGAAGAAGAAGCGGGUACGUCUGGAAGAGGCCUUCGAGUUCGUUAAACAGCGGCGCAGUAUCAUCUCCCCCAACUUUAGUUUCAUGGGUCAGCUGCUGCAGUUUGAGUCUCAGGUGCUGGCCACUUCCUGUUCUGUAGAGGCCGCCAGCCCUUCCGCCACUCUAGGCCCCAAGUCUUCCUCUACCCCCACGUCACCCUUCAUCUUCAGCUUCCCCGUGUCAGUGGUGACGCACAGCCAGCCCAGUAGCCUCACCUACCUACAGAGUCCCAUCACAACAUCGCCAAGCUGCUGAUACAAUGCGAAAAAACUGCACGCGCACACCGGGAAGGCCAAAUUUCUCGGACAAUAUUUCACUCGGCACAAUCACACGGUCGUUCCAGCUGAGCUGCAGCUUUUUUAUUUUUAUUUUUGACAGCUUCACUGGUAACCCACCAUCAUCUAACUCACUUUGCAGUCUUUAUUGCGCAUUAAUAUCAGAAUAGGUCGUAAUAUCCUGUGGGGACAGUUCAUCUCCUUCAUUUCCUGUGGUUCACUUCCAAAGACUUUUCAUUUGGGCGGUGGGGCAAAUGGGGAUGAAGUGCAGGAGGUCCUUCGACCCUGACAGGUUCUUCGCAUUGCAUCUGGACUUCCCAUUUAUCAGUUCCUCUUUCGCCGGCCUUCCUGAAUUCCUUUAAUAGAGACAGCCGUGGCAUGACCUUUGGCAGGAAGUGUCAUUCAUCAAGUUGGUUUUGCAUUUGUCAGUGCCUUGUACAGAGAAGGUACACGAACACUUUUACUCACAUCUGCCCCAUUGCCUUUCCUUCAGAACGAUCGUGAACAAGACAUUCAAAGCAUUUCAAUCUGCAAUAUAGAUCCACUCAUGUCACAGAUCAGAGCAAUAACCUGAUUCUCCUUCCUCCCAGUCGCCACCAAAGCACUGUAUGGUCUGUUUUCUUUUGUUAUAUUGUUUGAUCAUGAUUUGAAAUGUCAGAUUUUUUUUUUGCCAAUUUGUACUGAGGAGAUCUCAUGAAUUAUUUCUGCUGUAUGCCUUACCAACUAUGACUGUGGCGUUCUUCCGCAUGGAAUGUUCUCAUUAAUAGACUAUUUAAGGAAUAGUUGAUAAUGAUGCCGGGUUAUACACUGAAACUUUUUACACUGGAGAUUGGGAUUAUUGGGAAGCCACUUUCCUAUGAGUCAAUUUUUUUUUUUAUUCCCUUUUGAGAAGCUCUGUGAGGGGAAACAUGCCUUGAAGAGUCCAUAUAGCAGAUGGUAUACGUAUGUGUGUUCAGACCUACUUUUUUAUGAGAUUGUGGGAACCUUUUAUAGCACUUUUAAGUGAUGCAAAAUUGAUUUGAGGUUUGUUUUGCACCUCGCCGGAAUUGAAGUUAUAAGUGAGCAGCAUUCCCUCUCCAUUUUUUGGGUAAAUUACGUGGUCUGUUUGUCUGUCAAUCACUGAUGAGAUGAAUGCAAUAAUUUUUACUGUACUUGUGAAAUGUUAUUGUCUGACGACUCAUGGCAAUAUCAUUAAGAGGGUUAAGAUUUUUUUUUAACUCUACCAUGUUCUAUUGUAUUAUUAUAUGUACAUUUUAUUUAUCUCACGAUUGUCAUUGUUAAAUAUAAACUGUGUUCUUUAA